AUGACGACGAGCAUUUUGAGUACCGGCCGGAUGUUAGAUGAUGAUGGCAGACCACAAAGAACUGGGACAGUGUGGAGUGCAUGUGCACACAUAAUCACAACAGCAAUUGGGGUCGGAGUUCUGAGUCUUGCUUGGGCAAUGGCACAACUUGGCUGGGUUGCUGGCAGUCUUCUUUUCUUGUUUAUCUCCGCAACUUCGCUCUUCACAGCUACUCUGUUAGAAGAUUGCUACAGGAGUCCAGACCCUGUAACUGGAAGGAGGAACUACACUUACAUGGAGGUUGUCAAAUCCUAUUUAGGUGGAACAAUGUACAAGUUCUGUGGAUUCAUCCUAUAUACGGAUCUCGUUGCUGUUUCAGUCGGCUAUUCAAUCACUGCGGCAAAAAGCAUGUUGGCUAUCCAGAAAUCCAUCUGCCGUCAGAGAAGUGGCGGUGCUUCCUCGUGCAGGUUUUCCAACAUACCGCACGGACUUGGAUUUGGGAUUGUGCAGGUUGUUCUAUCUCAAAUCCCAAACUUUCACAAGCUGGCUUGGCUCUCAAAGCUUGCAGCACUCAUGUCUUUUGGCUAUGCUUCUAUAGCAAUUGGCCUCUCUAUUGAAAAAAUAAUCUCAGGGCCGGAAGGGAAAACAUCUCUCUCUGGAUUGCACCAGGCUCCAUCGGAAAAGGUGUGGAGUAUAUUCACAGCAGCUGGAGACAUCGCGCUUUCUUACGUAUUUACAGUGACGGUCAUUGAGAUCCAAGACACUCUAAAGUCAUCACCACCAGAAAACAAAGUGAUGAAGAAGGCCACCAAAAUAGGGGUUAUGGUGAUGACUAUAUUGUUCAUCUUGUGUGGUACCUUGGGUUAUGCUGCAUUUGGAGACGAAAAAGUUCCAGAAAAUCUCAUGGCUGGUUUUCUAUCGCAGAAGGCCUUCUGGAUAGUGGACUUGGCCAAUGUCUUCGUUGUUGUGCACUUGGUGGGUGCAUUUCAGGUUUUUUCCCAACCAGUGUACCGCUUGAUUGAAGUGUGGGCUGCUAGGAGAUGGCCUAAGUCUGGCUUUGUAACCAAGGAAACGGCUGUCAGCUUUGGAAGGGUGAAGUUUGACGUAAACAUGCUUCGCUUGUCCUGCAGAACAGGCUUUGUGCUUUUGACUACUGUGAUUGCCACAGCACUGCCUUUUUUCUCUGAUAUGUUGGCACUACUUGGCGCUAUCGGCUUUUGGCCGCUUACCAUCUACUUCCCGUUGCAGCUGCACAUUGCACAGAAGAAGAUUCAACGAGCAUCCCUCCGUUGGUUUGGCCUGCAGCUGCUGAGUGUUGUGUGCUUCCUAAUUUCAGUUGCUGCAGCCUGUGGUGCAGUCCACGGUGUGCACAAGGGUCUGAAGGUCAACCGACCCUUUCAGUUCAAGGAGUGA